AUGUCUCCUCCAGUUCCUGAGCAGAAGCCUCAGCUUCAACAAUCACAGCAGCAACAACAGACCCCACCAGGAGAAUCAGCAUCUGGCAGUGCUAGCAACGACUCCAAGUCUGUGACACCUGCACCCAGCUCUUCCUCCAACACUUCCCAAAGCAGCGGUGCUGCAUCAACAUCAAACGAUGACAACCUUAUCUGCCGAUGGAACGCCUGUAACCAAAAGUUCCCGGCUCCCGAGGCUCUCUAUGAGCACAUCUGUGAGCGCCAUGUUGGUCGCAAGAGCACAAACAACCUUAACUUGACUUGCCAAUGGAACUCAUGCCGAACUACCACUGUCAAGCGUGAUCACAUCACCUCUCACAUCCGUGUUCACGUUCCCUUGAAGCCUCACAAGUGUGAGUUCUGUGGCAAGUCUUUCAAGCGUCCCCAGGACUUGAAGAAGCAUGUCAAGACUCAUGCCGAUGACUCUGUGCUCGUCCGAUCAAACCAGGACCCCCAAGGCGGACUCAACUACAGGCCACAGCCUCCUAAGGGUAUGUCUCUACAAGAUUCAAGUCCACGGCUGUGGGCAUCCGGAUAUUCUUCUCUCGAGGCUAAUUCGCCUCCAGGACCUUCCAGCUACUAUGACCACACUGGCCAGAUGCGAACUAACCCAGCUGCCUUUGGACACCACCAAGCCCAUCCUAGCGGUGGCUACUAUGCUCCUCAGCCUUCUACCAACUAUGGUCUCUACUUCAACCAACCGGCCAUCAACAACGCCCGUACCGAGCACCUUGGCUAUGCCGCUGCCGCCGGCGGUGGUUAUGAUCGUAAGCGCACCUACGAUAUGGUUGAUGACUUCUUUGGCAACGCCAAGCGCCGCCAGAUUGACCCUUCGUCCUAUGCCCAGAUUGGCCGCUCGUUGAUGCCCCUUCACGGCAACCUGUCCGUCCCCAACGGCCCUAUGGCUGCUACUGAGCAGUACAUGCCCCAGCAUGCCCCAGCUCCUGUUCACGCCGGCCCAUCGCCUGGCCAGAACCCCUUGGCCCAGCAAUAUUACCUGCCUAUGCCCAGCGCUCGCACCCAGAAGGACCUCAUCCACAUCGAUAACAUCCUCGGCCAAAUGCAGGACACAAUCUACGAGAAUGCCAACCAUGCCACUGCUGGUGUCCACAUCCACCACUCCGAAGGCGGCUACAACGGUUAUCGCAACACUCCUUCACCCCCUACUACACACCGAUCCCCCACUGGCAUGCACGUCGCGACCGACGGUUACCACCCCGUGUCUGCGGCUAGCAUGGCUUCUCCUCUUACUGCCAUCUCUUCUACUGGCACUCCUGCUGUUACACCGCCCUCCAGCUCCAUGUCUUACACUUCCGGCCACUCACCAAGCCCAUCAUCCUCAGCUAUCGAGUCUGCUCUUUCUGUUGGUUCUCCCUCUUCAGAAUCUGAUGUCAGCGAUGCUACACGUGAACGCGAGGAGCAGUACGACCGCUGGCUCGAGAACAUGCGCGUCAUCGAGACUCUCCGUGAGUACGUCCGCGGCCGUCUUGAGCGCAAGGAGUUUAUGGAUGAGAACGAGUCCCGACGACCAAGCCACGCUGACGCUAUGGACGUCGAUCCCAAGAGUCCCAAGCCUCAAAGCCGAGAUCUGGGUACCCCUCGUGAGGGAUCAUCUUUGUACCCCAUUCUUCGCAUGCCUGGCUCUUAG